ACUUUUCCUCCUCUGCUGUGCUUCUCUACUCCAGUAUGUGAGAAAGGCCCAGCCCAUCUGAGGCAGCAAAUGGUGCAAUUCACUGGAGGAGAAGGGGGGGGGAGGAGGAUUAGAGUGAAAACAGAUCCGGCACUGGAUUUUGACUAUGGAGAUCAUCUGACUUGAGUUAACAAACCCCAAUUCAAUUUAAGAGAGUGGGAGAGAAAAGUUUUUUCCCUCCCUCCCCCUUCUUUUUUUAAACUUUCUUCUUGUGUCGGUGCUUGAAAGACAAAAGCUCCUCUCUCCUCCCCCCUACAGUCCUCCUAAACUUCAGCGUGUGUGUGUGUGUGUCGGUGUCCUACGCUGGGAUGAUGGAUGGCAGAAGUGCAGAAACACGCCAGCAGCAGCGGAGGCUCCCGACACUUUUUUAAACUCUCUCCCCUCCAAACUAUCAUCAAUGAGACUCCUCGGAGGAAGAAGGGAAAAGAGCCAAGCUGCAGCCGGGAUUUGUGGUGGCGGCGGCGGCCGCAGCAACAGCUUUUAAAAAAGGCACCAAAGGGAAGGACGUCUGGAAAGUCCCUCCCACGCCCCCCCAAGUUUAUGAUGGGGGGCUGAAUGAGUAGCCCUGCUCCGGAGCGGCUGCUGGCACGGGGAAAACUUCCUGGGUUCUCUCUCUGGAUGAGAAGAGAAGGGAACCAAUGACAGAGCCCUAAGGAAGCCCCACAGAAAGUUGGAGGUGGAGCAUGGGAGGAGGAGGCUUCUCUGAAGGAAAUGCUGAAGGAGCUGUUAGAGACCUAGGAGGAGAACCAGGAGAGGACAGAGUCACAAAAGCCAAGGGAGGACAAGAUUUCAAGAGGAAGAGUAUGAUUCAUGUUGAAGGCACCUGACAGGUCAAGAAGGAUAAGGAAAGAGAACUGGUUCUGAUCUUUGGCUAGGAAGAGGUCAUUAGAGACUUUGGCAAGAGCAGUUUCGGUGGAAUGCAAGUGCGGUGGAAGCUGGACUGGAGAAAGUCUACAAUUCAAUUGGAGGACAUGAACUCCAGAUAGCAUAAACUACCCAUUCAAAGAGCUGAUAGAUGAAAGGGAGGUGCCGUGGUAGCUGGAGAGGGUUCCUGAGCUGGAAUAUGCGCAUCUAAGAUGGAAACUUCCAAUUCAACUGCUGCUGGGAAGAAAGAAGGGAAAGGUGCAAUUCUGGAGGGGAAUGGCUUUCCUGAGACGGGGAAGAAACCUGCUCCCUUAGCAGCAGCAGCACAAGGAGUUCCGCAGCACGUUUUUCCAGCGUUCCAUGCUCCCUUGCCAAUUGACAUGCGUCACCAGGAAGGAAGGUACCAUUAUGAACCUCACUCCAUCCAUGCUAUUCAUGGGCCUCCUACCCUCAGUGGCAGCCCCGUUAUCUCCGACAUCUCCCUUAUUCGCCUUUCUCCUCACCCAGCAGGACCUGGUGAAUCGCCUUUCAACCCCCCUCACCCGUACAUGAACCCCCAUAUGGAACAUUACCUCCGCACCGUGCACAGCAGUCCCACUCUCUCCAUGAUCUCUGCUGCCAGAGGCCUCAGCCCCGCUGAUGUGGCUCAUGAGCAUCUAAAAGAGAGAGGCCUCUUUGGUUUGCCGCCUCCCCCUCCAGGAGCCAACCCUGCCGACUACUAUCACCAGAUGACGCUCAUGGCCAGCCAUCCGAAUCCUUAUGGGGACCUCCUGAUGCAGAGUGGGGGAGCAGCUAGCACGGCGCAUCUUCAUGAUUACCUCAGCCCUGUAGAUGUGUCAAGAUUUUCAAGCCCAAGGGUUACUCCGAGAUUAAGUAGAAAGCGAGCCCUCUCCAUAUCCCCGCUGUCUGAUGCCAGCAUUGAUCUUCAGACAAUGAUCAGGACCUCCCCGAACUCCCUGGUGGCUUAUAUUAAUAACUCCAGAAGUAGUUCCGCUGCUAGUGGUUCCUACGGCCAUUUAUCUGCAGGGGCAAUAAGUCCAGCAUUCAGCUUCCCCCAUCCCAUCAACCCAGUGACUUACCAGCAGAUCCUGAGUCAACAGAGAGGCUUGAGCUCAGCAUUUGGACAUACGCCACCUUUGAUCCAGCCAUCCCCCACGUUCCCUCCACGACAACACAUGGCAGUUAUCUCUGUCAACCCAGCUCCCGCUCAGAUCAGUAAUAACAGCAGCUGCAUCUCUGACUCUAACCAGAACAAGCAGAGCAGUGAGUCAGCCGUGAGCAGCACAGUCAAUCCAGUAAUUCACAAGCGCAGCAAAGUCAAGACUGAAGUUGAGGGUAUGCCACCAGCCUCCCCAGCCACACAGGAGCAUCUGACAGACCUGAAAGAAGAUCUGGAUAAGGAUGAAUGUAAACAGGAGCCCGACGUUAUUUAUGAGACAAAUUGUCACUGGGAAGGGUGCAUAAAGGAAUAUGACACUCAGGAGCAGCUCGUCCAUCACAUCAAUAACGAUCACAUCCACGGGGAGAAGAAGGAGUUUGUCUGCCGCUGGCAAGACUGCACUCGGGAGCAGAAGCCAUUCAAGGCUCAGUACAUGUUGGUGGUGCACAUGCGAAGACACACUGGAGAAAAGCCACACAAGUGCACGUUUGAGGGUUGCGCCAAAGCCUAUUCUCGACUGGAGAACUUAAAGACACACCUGAGAUCUCACACUGGAGAAAAGCCGUACGUCUGUGAACAUGAGGGCUGCAAUAAAGCCUUUUCCAACGCUUCGGACAGAGCAAAGCACCAGAACAGGACGCAUUCCAAUGAGAAACCGUAUGUCUGUAAAAUCCCGGGCUGCACAAAGAGAUACACGGACCCCAGUUCCCUCAGGAAACACGUCAAGACUGUGCAUGGGCCCGAUGCCCAUGUCACAAAGAAACAGCGCAACGACGUUCACCCACGGCCACCUCCCCUCAAGGAAAAUGGCGACAACGAAGCAAGUGCCAAGCAGAGUAGCAAGGUGUCAGAAGACAGCACUGAGGCUAACAGCACCACCAGAGGCAUGGAGGACUGCUUACAAGUCAAAACAAUAAAGACCGAGAAUUCUGUGAUGUGUCAGUCCAGUCCUGGUGGCCAGUCAUCAUGCAGCAGUGAACCAUCACCACUUGGUAGCACCAACAACAAUGACAGUGGAGUAGAAAUGAACAUGCACAGUGGGGGAAGCCUGGGAGACCUGACCGCACUGGAUGACAACGCUCCUGUUGUGGACUCGACAGUCUCAUCGGGCAAUUCAACAGUCAGCCUUCAGCUAAGGAAACACAUGACAACGAUGCAGCGACUUGAACAGCUCAAGAAGGAGAAACUCAAGACGGUUAAGGAUUCCUGCUCAUGGGUGAGCCCAGCUCCACAAGUCAGAAACACCAAGCUGCCUCCCAUACCAGGAAAUGGCUCUAUCCUAGAAAAUAUUGGUGGUUCCUCUGCUACACUGCCUAAUCCUAGAAUAACGGAGCUGACUGUAAAUGAGAUUACGAUGCUGAACCAACUCAACGAACGCCGCGACAGUACGACAAGCACCAUCAGCUCGGCCUACACUGUGAGUCGCAGAUCAUCGGGGAUUUCCCCUUACUUCUCUAGUCGCCGUUCCAGCGAAGCUUCGCAGUUUGGGAAUCGUCCCAACAACGCGAGCUCUGCCGACUCCUACGACCCCAUUUCUACGGACGCGUCACGCAGAUCGAGCGAAGCCAGCCAGUGUAGCGGCAUACCAGGCCUUCUCAACCUCACGCCAGCUCAGCACUACAGGCUGAAAGCCAAGUAUGCUGCUGCCACGGGGGGCCCUCCUCCCACACCUCUACCUAACUUGGAAAGAAUGAGUCUGAAGAACAAGAUCUCUCUUCUCGAUGGGCCAGAUCCUGCUUUGCCUUCAUUUCGCCUCCCUCCUGGGCCAAGACGCUGUAGCGAUGGCAGCACUUAUGGGUACGCAGCAGCCCCGGCUUUUCCCCAUGACGUGGCAGGUAACAACACAAGACGCGCGAGUGAUCCUGUGAGGAGACCCGCCGCAGAUCCACUGUCCCUCCCUAGAGUCCAUCGCUUCCAUAGCACCAACAGCAUGAAUCCCCUCCACCCACCACAUCCUGCGGACAGAAGGAACUGCAGCCUUCCAAAUUACACACGCUCUGAUGGGAGCCUUCCCAGGCACGUCUAUUCACCUCGACCUCUGAGCAUUAGUGAAAAUAUUACCAUGGAAGCAAUGUCAGGUGAGACGGAAGGCCCCAUUGGAGAAGAUGACAUUAUGCUGCCAGAUGAUGUAGUGCAAUAUAUCAAAUCUCAGAACAAUGGGACAGCUGUAGAAAACACUUCCAUGGGGUACAGUAAUGAAAUGCUAAACUUCCAAGGCAAUGGGAAACUGCAACAUCAGAACUUGUCUAGCCAGCACAGGAUGGCUGGAACUGAUGCAAGCGUGAACCAUUUGGGUCCAGGGGUGACAGAGUGCCACAUGAGCUUUGGUGCUCCCUCGAACAUGAGCAAAAACAACAUGCCCGUCCAGUGGAAUGAGGUUAGCUCAGGUACCGUUGAUGUUAUGUCUAACCAAUCGAAGCAACAGUUUUCUCAAGGAAACUUAGCUGUUGUCCAGCAGAAGCAGAACUUUGGUCAGUAUCAGAACUUUAACCAGCAGCAAAUGCAGAUGAGUCAAAGCGGCAUGAAUGUAACACAGCAGAAUUUUAUGCAAAGAAAUGUGAGCGUGGAUGGACAAAGACUCAAUUGUAUGCAGCUGAGGCAGCAGCAGAUAAAUCCAGGCCCUAAUAUGAACUCCGAUUUGAGCCUGCACCAAGGGUAUAACCAGGCUCAUCAACUGCUGAGCCCAAAUGCAAUCAGUGGAGAUCCAAACCAGCUUUCCCCUUCUUGUAGCAACGUGGUAGUGAAGUCUGGAUCCCACGUUCAUCCUCAGCAAAUGGACGUUGCAACAGAUCCCUCUUUAAUGGUCAACAGUCAUAGACUGACUCAGGUCAUGCAUGAACAAAGUCAGCAGAACUAUUCAUCUCAGACAAAUCCCAUGAAUUUCUCCAUGACUCAGGAGGUGUUUUAUCAGCCCCCUUCUUUAAUGACCUCAAAUCAGUCAAACUUUGAGCCCCAACAGAGCAUAAUGGGUUCAGCUAGCCAGACCUACACUCCUGGAAUGGUACAGCCUCAUCCUCCACCUGACCCUAGUCCAGUAAACAGGCAUAGAGGGAUACGCAACAUGCAGCAACUCGGUUACAUGAGAACUCCCCACCCUACUAACGCCAUGAGCCCUGGCCAGGAAACAGCAAAGGCCACUCCGAAAAGAACCAACAAUAUGGUGUCAAUGCAGGCUCAGCAAUGUGCAAACAGCACGAGGGAAAACAAUUUGAUGUGCUAUUAUGGUCAAAUCCACAUGUAUGAACAAAAUGGAAACUUUGAUAACCAUGUGGACUGUAGAGUGGGACAGCAGCAGUGUGCCUUGAAUAUCAAGCCAGCUGCCAUGCCGUCUCCCGGAGCUAACCAGGUGUCAAGCACAGUGGACUCACAGGGUCUGGAGCCUGCUCAGAUAGAUUUUGAUGCCAUCAUGGAUGAUGGAGACCAUUCAAGCCUGAUGUCAGGAACCCUCAGCCCUAGCAUUCUGCAGAAUCUCUCCCAGAACUCCUCUCGCCUUACAACUCCACGGAACUCUCUGACACUGCCGUCCAUACCAGCUGGAAUAAGCAACAUGGCGAUAGGCGACAUGAGUUCCAUGCUAACCACCCUGGCAGAAGAGAGUAAAUUUCUUAACAUGAUGUCCUAAUGAUAAAGCCCCACGGUUUAUCCCAGGGACUUUACACAAAGCAGUUUUAUGAAUGUGCUUUUUAAAAAUAAUCAGUUUCUAUAGAGUAGCAUUUUUGACAAGUAUUAAAUACAUUAAAGGGAUUCAAAGUAAAAAAUGUCUCUGUACAGACUUAUGUAAACUAUCUAAAAGCAGUUUAGCACCAAGAGUGCAACCUCUAGUAUUAUUUUUUUGCUUGGUUUUUCAGGGGUCUGAGCAACGCCACCGCUAAAUGAGAAUAUUGCAUAAGAAUGGUUAAAAAUGAAAUCUUUUCCUCCAUGUUUGCCACCUCCCUUUGUUUUCCUUUAGUUAUGUCUGCAAAAAGACCAUUUCUCAACGCAUGUCAGAAACAAAUGGAGGGGGGUCUUUUUGAUCUGAAUAAAAGCCAUACUGCAUAUUCUGCUCCAGUGAGAUAAGCAUUUAGUUACAUCUCCCCAAAAGUCCACUUCCAGCAAUAUCAUUAUAAACUGUUCUUUGUACCUUGGGACUUUGUAGAAAAGCAUCAGUUCCAAACAGCUUCUCAGAAAAGUGCCUUACUAUGCUUUAGUGUUUAGUCAAGGCGUCUCUUCCAUUAAAAGCAAAUAUAGUGUAUAUAAAAUCAAAAGAAAUGUACAUUUAUAAAGCAUAGCAGUGUUUCGGAAAAACAUCAGAAAGAUACAUUGAUGGGACACAUGAAAGAUUAAUGCCCCCUUUUGUCAGACAUGUUUACAAUACGGUUUAUAUCGUGGGUAGAAUGUAGCAGAGGCCUGAAAAUACCAUUCAUCUGAAAGCAUCUCUAAUGGCAGGAAAGCCCCGAUCCUGCAAAGGUUUAUGCAUUUGCUUAACUUUAUGCCCUGUCAAUAGUGACUUCAGUAGAAUAGUGACUUUCGUCUGGGGCCUUAAACAACUUGUGUAAAUCAGGGGGUUAUACGGGAAUUAAUUCAGGGAAGCCUAUGGUCUGUGUUGUUCAGGAAGUUGGACUAGAUGAUCACAGUGGUCCCUUCUAGUCUUAAACUCUGUGAAUCUAUGAAAGUUGCUAAUGGGGCUUCACAACAGCUCAGCUCUAAUUUGUCCUCACCAGGGUGAUGGGCGGAGGGGGGACAUAUAAUUACUUAGCUAGCUUUGGACUUGUCUGCACAAACAAUUAGGUCACGACAAGGUGAGGUGUGACUCUACCCCGCACUAGCCUGCCUCGGACUAACUAUCCACGUGGAUCUUGCUGAUGCACAUUAACAGUUCUUAGUGCACUUUGGUCUGGUCCUCUUUGAAACAGGACUAGAUCCAAGUGCCCCGAUGAACGGUUAAUGCAUAUCAGCAGGGCCUACCUCACAAGCUAGUGCAGGGUUGAUUCAUACCCCAACUUGCCACAAACUAAAUGUUCAUGUAGACGAGCCCUUAGUCAAAUGUCCGGGAUUUGUAGUGGGGUAUCAGAGCUGUGGGUGAAAGCCUCUCUGAAAAUUACCCAUAGGAGGAAUCUAACCACAAGCAAAUCCUCCACAAAAUAUAAGCUGGCUAACAGUUUUUGCAAUUUUAGGGCCUGAUCCUGAAGUCAGUGGAAAGACUCCUCAAUGCAUUAUUUAUUACUGUUGGUAGACAAAAGGGUAAACACAGGGAAAACAGAUAUCAAUGAAAUUUACCACAUCUCAAAAAGACAAUUCUUUUCUUCCUAGUAUUAUAGUGUUAAAUAUAUCAAGAGGAAGGGUUCACACACGUGAAAUUCCCUCCUGAUUCCAAACAUUCUGUGUGCUGAACUUUAAAAAACUAAACCAGAUGUGCAUGAUGUCUCAUCAGCAGGGCUCCAUCCUUUCCCGCUCAAUUGAUGUCCAACGUUUUACUGAAUAUGGCUCAGUUCCACCUGCAGACUGCAGCUCCCAUUGGGUGCUUUUUAAAGGUGCUAACGUUGGCUUUCUACAAUCAUUGCUCUCCUUUUGCACUCACCAGUGCUGCACAAACUGCACUAAUACUAGCAUGACUUGUGGCUGUUGCACGAAUGCCAGUCAUUAUUCCUGCCCAAACAUUUGUGACGCCAAAUACCCCCGAAGGUCACACAUAAAUCGAAUAUAUAUUUACCAUAGGACUAGAGUGCAAAAGCCUUCCUUGUGUUGGGCAGCACCCUACUCCACAUAUCGUCCUUUUAACUCCAGUGGGACUGCGUGGAGAGUAAGGUAGGGUGAUCAGACAGCAAGUGUGAAAAAUCGGGACAAUGGCUGGGGGGUAAUAGGAGCCUAUAUAAGAAAAAGACCCCAAAAUCGGGACUGUCCCUAUAAAAUCAGGACAUCUGGUCACCCCCGAGUAAGGGGUGCGUAAACCUAGCAGGAGCUGGCUCACCCUAAUUCUUAAAUAAAAAGCUUGGGUAAACAAGCAUGAUGGGCUUGAUCCUGCCUUCCUCACAUAUCCUAAAACCCUCCUGACGUCACUGGGACUCCUGGCUGUGCUAGGAAAGCAAGAUCCGGCAGGGCAGCUGUUUGUACUUGUGCCUAACCUAGAAAGAUGAAUUUUAAAUGAUUGGGUUUUUUGAGUUCCUGGUACAGACUCACCUGCAGUUACCUCACCCUUGCAUUUGAGGAAAGAGGGCAGGGCCCAAUUUAGGACUCUGAGCCAUACUGGACACAUGGAGUUACACUUUGGGCUUCCCAAGUGCUGCAACUGAUCAGGCCCUUGCAUCUCCAUUGGCAGUCGAGCUGAGUUAUUCAGUAGAUGCAUAUGACAAUGCAUGUUAGUGAGCCGCACUUCAGGCAACGCAUGUAACAAGAACAGAUCAAACCCCAAAGCAAAACCAUAUCUCCAAGUUGUCAAGAUUCCUAUCGUUUUUCAGAGGUGGUCUUCCUUCAUUUACUAAAAUAGUAUUGUUAUAACCAUUCCUGCUCUGUAUAUAGUAUGUAUAGAAGACAUCAUUACUAAAAGCACUGUAGGUGAAUUGUUCUGUCAAAUUUAUAUCUUAUGGACAUUUUUAGCUGUUUUCUACAUCAUAAAAAUGGAGGUAACGUGCUGAACCUGUAUAUAAGCCUUUUGUACAUUAAAAAGUAAUUUUUUUUUCAUAACUUA